AUGGCUACCUCCCCUAACUUCCGGGAGUGCCAGAACCAGACCAUCAUCUUCCAAGAUGUCGACGACAGCUGCGUCGAGGCGCUCGUGGACUUUCUGUAUGGCGAGAUGCGCAGCCACCCGGAGUACUUUCCCAUACCUCCCACGAUAGGCAGCGGUCUCAACAGCGAGGACGUCAAAGGCAGCGUCGUCUACUUCACGGGUCUCUGGCAGCUGGCGGACAUGUACGAUAUGGCCACCCUCGCCGAGAGCACGCUCGCCGGGUUUAAGGACGACUUCCUGUACCUGCUGAAGGAUCUGCGAUGGCUGGGGUGGGUCUUGGAUGCGGCGGCAGUGGUGGAGGACUUUCCGCAGAAGAUGUCGGAGAUUAUGGUCGAGUGCUGUGGACGUAAGCCACAUAAUCAUAAGGCGGAGGAGACGGAGCGGGUGUUUGGGAAGUAUCCGGAGUUCGCGUCGGCGGUGUUGCAGAAGAUGGUGGGGGAGAAUAGGCAGUCGGGGUCCUAG